CACUGGUUGCCUAUGGGUAGACCUCGAGACCGUGUUAUUUCCCAAAAUAAUGUCGCGGGUAAAAGAGUUUACGUCCCAAACCAAAACAAACAACUAAACGUAAGGUAGAUACGACAUAAAGAAGGUGCUACUCCAUAAACUGGUGAUUCGGGCCGAGCAUCCCAAAAUGUGGAAAUCAAAGGGAUGACCCACGCACAAUCAAAGCCGCAACACGAAAG